CAGCGCUAUAGUCGGCAAGUUUGGCGCGUCCGCCCUGCCACGUGAGAGAGCGCCCACUCGAUCGCGACUGCUCGCGCGGGCCGCAUCGGUCCGCCCGUGCUUGGAUUAUACAACCCGUGCGUGUUUUGUGGACGCGCCGCCGCUGUCGACUCAGUGCGUGGUGAAACUCGCCGACCGAAUCCGCGCCGCGUGGCCACCGUCGUGCACCGGACAGCUAGGCGACCGGCGUUCUCCGGAGAGUCCGUCGCAUGUGCGUGGACCGGCAGCGGGCAACGCGAUCGCCAUCCAUCAUCGUCGCCGCCGCCGCCGACGCCGGAGCGCCGCCGGGUUCAGCGCCGCGCGCGCCGCCUCCGUCAUUGGAUGGCGUCCGUCACGUGAUAUGCUAAUCUCCGGCGGCGGGCGGAGCCAUGGCGCUGCUCGGCGACGAGACCGAAGCAAAACUAUCUCCAUCAUCCAAUUCAGCCGGCAAAAAUUAAUGACCAUGAGUUCGUUUUUGAUGAACUCGCCGUCCUACGUGGACCCCAAGUUUCCGCCGCCCGAGGAGUACUCGCAGGGCAACUACAUACCGAGCCAUGGGGCCGGUGACUACUACGCGGGCGCCCCGCCGCACCACCACCACCACGCGGCCGCGCACCCGUACGCCUCGUUCGGAGGCGCGGCGGCCCCGCCGUACGGUGCCGAGAACGGCGGCUACGUGUCCAGCGCCUCGCCGCACUACUACCAGCACUCAUGUUCCAUGACACAGACCACGCUGAGCCCGCUGUCGCGGCCCAGCGUAGCUACGCUCGACCAUGCCGGCGCGGGCGGCGGACACAGCCCGCCGUACUCGGGGCCUCCCGCGCCGCUGCAGCGGUCGCCGUCGCCCCCGCCGCCGGCGUCCAUGCUCAGGCCUUCGCCGCAAUCGCCGCACGUCGGGGCAGCGCCACCGAUGCACAGCCCCGGGGCCACCGCCACGGCGCCGACUUCGGUAGCCGGCGGCGACUGCAAUCAGGCCGGACAGCCCGUCAUCUAUCCCUGGAUGAAGAAGGCGCACGUCAACGCAGGUCGGUCGUUCCUGUUCGCCUCGGACCCGACGAACGGCACGUUCACGGGCAUGGAGCCCAAGCGGCAACGCACGGCCUACACGCGGCACCAGAUACUCGAGCUGGAGAAGGAGUUCCACUUCAACCGCUACCUGACGCGGCGGCGGCGCAUCGAGAUCGCCCACUCGCUCUGCCUGUCCGAGCGCCAGAUCAAGAUCUGGUUCCAGAACCGGCGCAUGAAGUGGAAGAAGGACAACAAGCUGCCCAACACGAAGAACGUCAAGAAGAACAACCCCAACCGGGCCGCCCAGCAGCAGCAGCAGCAGCAACAACAGCAGCAACCACAACAGCACCAGCAGAACACGUCGUCUCAGGAGCCGCACCCACCGCCGCACCAGCAGCAGCCGUCGCCGACGCUGCAGAUGCCCAAUCCGCUCGCGUUGGCACCGCACCAGCACGCGCACCUGCUGAACAGCCACCCGCUGGGCCACCCGGCCCAGACGCACAUCAUGUCGCCGCUUCCGCCGCCUCCCCCCGUGGACACGAAGGCGGACUACGGACUCACGGAACUGUGAACCGCGUGUUCGCUUAGUGCCGCGUGACGUGCUUUGUGAGAGUGCACUGCCCCCCCUUUUACCUCUGCCACUCGCGGAAGGACUCCGGGGGGGCCGUCAAUAAGUGCGCGCUAAAGCCGAACACUUGAGCUUAGCCGCGGGCCAAGACUGCUGCACGGAAGCGAUCUACAAGACACAAAACAAAAGUUCCUCUCUCAGGAGAACCCGGACGCGUCCUCCAUUCUCAGUGUGUGGGGCGGCACCGUCGUCACCGCCGCAGAAGCUGCCCCUUUCUUUUGCGAACACGGUUGUGCAGCCACAUAUAUGUGCCAGCAAAGAAAGAAAGCGUGGUGGCGGCCGACUCCUGGCGGUGCUGCCCCCGGGUUCGUCGUGUGUGCGUGUGCGUGUGCGCGUGGACCACAUCCUUCGACGAGUUAGUGCAGGUGUGUUGUCAUGCUGUUCUCUUGUAAAUACAACUCAGGUUUCACGAGACGUCCGCGCCGUGUGGCUUUUUGCAGUGCUGUGUGUAUAGCUGUCACGUUUACGAAGGAAAAAACUAAAUGAGGUAGACGGGAAAAAAUCUGGGGGAGCCGAGAGGUGGUCCGCACAUUUGGUCGCGUAUGCUCGGAACCUUUCCCGAGCACCCAAGGAAAUGCCUUUCGCGAUGUCCGGGAGUUCCCGCCACAAUGCCUGAGCACUCGGUGCUGCGGAAUUAUUAUUAUUUUUCCCUCUCUGUUACCCGGAAAAGCUCCUGUCGCUUCCACAGCUGCAUGAAUCUCGGAUUAUGUUAAUCAGUUCGUACAUAUGAGGUUAGUGGCAGGUUGUCCAAGGUACAUCUUGGAACGGGCAGCUGCUCUUGCUUUAUUUGAGAUUAAGUUAAACAACGACCAAUUCGAAUAACUGAAGGGAUCUUGGUUUAGAUCUAGUGUGUAGAAGUUUUGGGCGUGCGGUGUCUUCCUGGUACGUUCUGUGGAUUCGCAUGUCCAGUCAGACACAAAAACCCUGGCGAACACACUUUGGGGCAUCUACUUACGCCGUAAGUCCAAAUGAAAGCAUCUACUCGUAGCAGUGCUCUGAGCCUUUGGAAUAAACUUGAACGUUUCAACAUAUCCGGAACGCAAAGAACCGCUCAGCCACAGAAAGGAGCGCUCUUGGCGCGAGGUAACUUGACUGUACGAACUCUAAGACUGCCCGUGUGCGCAAUCUGUUUAACGCAUUAUGAAACGUUCUUGUCAAAUUUUAAGUGAUAGAAAGCAAGCACGAAUGCAGGCGACUCUGCCUCAAUGCUGACGCUCAGUCAUCAACACUGAGCAUCGUUUCAAAGCUUUAUAAGCCGAGUGAUAUCUCGAUGACAAAAGAACUGCAUUAAUUCUACAUUUGGCUGCACUAAUGCUACAUUUGGGACCACACGUCGUGUACUUCUGCGUUUGACACGUGCAAGGGGACUAUGCAGUCCGUGUACAACGCACUUCUGCGCCGAAACUACCUCACAUGGAGAUGUAACUCAUGGCAGGCCGGGGGACGACAGGAGCUUUGCUGUGUGCGUAGGUCCUUGCAUUCAAGGGAUGGACAGCUACUUGAUACUCAGGGGCAUUUCUCUCACGAAAGAGUGCUAUCACUGUGCUCAGGCUAAAUAAGAGUUACGCAUUUCACUCGAAGGUGCUCCGUAAGAUCUUGCAGAAAUACUCAUGAGGAAUACAAAAAAAAGAAACAAUGGACUGCGAAUCGGAGCAAAAAGUAAUCCGAUCAACAGCAUUAAUGAUCUCGCAUGUUGCGCGAUUGUGGUCAAAGUGUUAUUUAACCACGCGCUUGGUCGCACGAUGAGAUCGUCUUGUGGCAUACACUGUGGCCGUUUUCCUACGUCGGUUUGUGCCGGCAGCGUUCCGUUUUUCUUGCUUGAUAAAUUUCGCGUCCUUUUGCUUUAGUCCGGUGGCCGUGACGCGUCAGAAAACACGAAAUAUAUGCGUUCAGUUCGAGGAAAGAGCAGGUAGAGGUGGAGAGCUCAUCGAACAUCUGCGUUGAGUCCUCUCAACCUUACUCAAGACCGAGAUGAUGUGCCAGUUGAGAUGCUAAAAGCAAAAUUAAAGUACGAUGUCUACACACGAUGAUGUGCAUAGCAGAUAUAUCUUUUGUACAGUUCUUCUCUCUUCCAUGUGUUUUGCCUUAAGUUAUAAAGCCUAUAGCGUGAGCCCGAUCACGAGCGAAAAUACUUCAGCGACGCUAGAGGUAUUCUCACUGUCCUAAGUGUCCUGGUGGUAGGCCUAAUUUAUACUCGCGUUAGUUCAGUUUGUGCGUCCGGUGUUGAAAAGAUUGGAAACUGUCACGCGUAUCUUCUUCAGUGCCGUUCCGCAUCCUUGCAGAAAAGCAGUGGACGAGAAAAAUGAUCGAGGACAGUCAGUGCUUUUUGUUGCGGUCUGUGAUAACUUCUGCGCUGUGCACCAGGAAUUCGAUGGUCCAGAUGUCAAAACAAGUUCGACAGCGAAGUACAAGGACAGACGCGCUUGAAAUUUCGCCGUAUGUAAGCCACCAGCGGGAGAUCUGUGAUAUUUUUGCAUCGUGUUUAUUGUUGUCUUGCUUUUCUUUCCCUCAGUGUGCAUCGUUGUGCUUUAGGUAGAUUCUUGAAUUUCGUUGGGCCAGCGAAACUUUCCUUAAGCGUAUGACGGUAGGUCCAGGUGUAACGGUCCCGUUAUAUAUGGUUACUCUAACUUUACGACCCGUAUCGUCCGUUUUGGUGAGGUAACAUUAAGCAACUAUGUUUGCGCAUCGUGGGUGGCGACCAGUAUCCGUGGGCAGCGAUGUCGCGUGCGGAAGGCAAGGGUGAAAAAUUACGGCCAGCUGCUGUUCACAGGCGUAGAUUUUGGUAGUGUCCAGCUGCUGGUCUUACAAACCUCUGCUACGGCGUUUUACUUAACUUUUAAUCUUCAGUCCCAUUCAGUUACGAAUCUAUAAGAAUUUGCAUUCAAAACGCGAUGCAUAUCUGCCAAAUGUGGAUAGCCUCGCACGGUUUGUUGAAACCCUGCUUGGCGUCAAGCUCUACUUCACAGAGCGCCCCGCCUGGCAGAUGUUCUCGCGUUUACUCACAGUGCUUUUUCGUCUCAAUUCUGACACAUUUAGGCAAGGUAAGACGAACAGCGCCUGACAGAGCAAGAACUACUUUAUGAUGCGUGUGACCGUCCCAUUUCAUUGCCUCUGACAACCGAAUAUUCUCGCAGAGCGUUACCGUUCUGCCGUCACGAUUGCCGAUCACGCCAUUUGGGCAUGCGCGGUUGUUACUGUGCCUGCUGAGUUGGAGGGAAUCGGUAAAGACAGAACGGUAACCCCAAGCUAAAAUAUUCUGAUGUUGAAGCCAACGCUCCUAAGAGUGCAUUAGCCUCAUACCUACACCUGUUAUUAAAACGAUUGAGCUAAGCUGGCCCAAAUUGGCCCUUAUCGGCGUUGGUCCAUUAAACGUUAAAUUACUGGUAUUUGCUUUUUACUGCGCCAUUGGAUAUCAGCCCUUCGAGCAGCUGCGUGUUCUCACCCGGGAAGAGACCCAGAGGAGACGUGCAGAGGUUCUUUGGAGCACGUUUUUAUCACCUCACAUUGCAGAUCCACUGAAUGGUUGUCCCGCAAAAGCAUAACUACAGAAUGCUUCAGUAUCAAAUCUUGAAAGCGAUGCAGUCGAGCCUCCACUGGAUUAACAGUACCGCGAGAUUGGUGAAAGCUCUCUGAAACAUUUUAAGCGCCAACCAUACACUUGCAGGCCGGCAUUGGGUAGCAGUUGUGGUACUUUUAAGCAGAGCUCGCCUUCCUUCUUUCUUUCUUCUUUUCCCCUGGUGAUAAGCUGUAUUCGAUUGAUUUCGUAGUUUUAAGCUUGUUAUGCUCGGUUUGUGCAUGCUUUCCAGAGCUGGAAACGGCAUUUUUAUUGCAUUUGCCGAAAGCAUAAGAUAAACAAAAAAAACAAACAGUCUGGAAGUAAAAUGUCCAAUGCGAAAUUAAUUACAGCUGAAUGUGUCGUUUACAAUUGAAGUGACUAUAGUACGAAGCGAGAGUGCUAGAGUAGAGGGAUCCUGCCCGGUCGCCGUGAUUCCCUUGCCGAAAAAAUGAAGCAAGUGGCACUAUAGUAUGGUCUCGAGUGUUCUGGAAUAUCGCCCUCUUCUUAGGUUUCCUGUCACAACAGUUUCUUUCUAUUAAAGCGUCAUUUCUAGCUGUGUUGGCGCUUAAAAGCAACGUUUCGUGAAAUUUUCCACAAUGACGUGAAAUGUAAAAUGAAGCCCUUGAAUUCGCCGUACUACCCUACUAAAAAAGCGCUUCACCAUAGCUCCCGUAUCCGGUAAUAUCAUAUGACGUAUGAAAAAAAAAAACGAGUUUUUAUAUAGUUACCUGUACUUUUCAUAUCGGAUUAUUGGAGAUGGAAGUUGCGGAGUGCGUGGGGUUUUUCAAGAGGGUAUCCAACUUCAUCUGCUUUCCCAAGGUUGGCUUCCCUUUAAUCUCAAACGAGAAGCCAUUCGCGUCCGUACAGAAUUCUUUAAAUAAUGAUACACAUAUCCGCGCUGGUCUUCUAUUUUGGAACGAAUUCAAAUGAGAUUAUGAGAAAAGUAUUCGCGAUCCCCUUGUGCAAUGUAAACACUAGUAACUCAAGAGCGCCGCUGCAUCUGGGCCUGUAUUCCCAACACACCCCGCAGGCGAGAGCUGCUGGACGCGAUGUUGUAACGGCUCGGCAAACGAACCGCUCGGUUGCCGUUGCGUGAUUGGUCAGAAUCGUGCUUUUGCCGACAAUAGCGUGAUUCGGACCAAUCACGUGAGGGCAGGCGAACCGCUUCGCUUUCACCGGUUCCUGCCAAUCGGGACAGGUAGCAUAUUAUUAGCGAAGGCGGCCAUCUUUCGACGAACAGCAAACCUUCGCGAAUUCGGUGUCUCGUGUAUCAAAAUAAUGUCUCUCGCAGAAUGUGUCGAAAUGUUUAUUAAAAUACCGAGAUGAAUCACGAUACUGAUUGCGGGUACGGGAAGUAUCUUCUCCGAACAUACUUCGUUUUAUUUGAGUCACACCAGACACCGUCUCUAAACACAGCGAAACAAGUGUGACUUGUGAGUAGGUAGACCGCAAGUGUGUAUGACGGAGAGCGACGCACAGUAAUCGUGAAAACAGUUCUCAGACUUGUGUAACACUGGGAGGGAAGUGUUCCUCUCGAGAACCAACAGCAUGUUCGCGGUAUGUGCAUGUCACGUCACGUGUCACGGCACGAAUGUAUAGCGAAGUUGGGGCGAUGCGGCACACGGUCGCCCGCAUCUGACGGCUGCCAUGCCAAGCACAGUGAUUUUGGAUGUGGAAUGUAUAUUUUGUCUGGCUGGACAUUUUUGUAACGUUCUUUGAGUGAAUGGAAACAAAUGCAAACAACUACAAGAAGAGAGAGAGAGAGAGAAACACCCCUAUCGGCCGGCAUCGAGUGCUUGUGCUAUUAUGUAUCACUGUAAGUGUUGUAGCCAUGUUAUUAGAAAUGACUGUUUCUUUCACUUUUCGCUGUGAAUGUUGUAAAAAACUGAGUUCAUUUGAAAGAAGCGCCAAUAAAAAAAAAAGCUGCUCGUCCCUGUA